AUGACUGAAGCGAAUAACGCAAAAACUUUAGAAAAUUUAAAAACAAAUCGUGCUUCAACUAAAGGUAGCAUUUCAAGAAUCAAAACUCUUCUAGAAACUAAAACAUUGGAGUUUACUGAGCUUGAAUGUCGUUUGGGUAUCUUAGAGUCUUAUUUUAGACAAGCUCUUAAUUAUCAAACUAGGAUAGAAGAGGCUAGUCCUAUAGAUACAGGUCGUGCUGAAAUAGAGGAACUAUAUUGUUCAACCAAAAGUAAAAUAUUAUCCCUGAUGGGCAAUAAUAGGCGAAGCAGUAUUGCACCUGGAGAUACUACAAUGUCGAAUUUGGUACCUUUGUCUCGUCUUCCUCUGCAAAAGCUCCCUAAGUUUACUGGCAAAUAUGCAGAUUAUAAAAAUUUUAUUGGUUUAUUCAAAACAUUAGUCCACAACGAUAAUUCGAUUGCAACGAUUGAAAAGUUUAAUCAUUUAAUUUCAUGUUUGAGUGAACAAGCUUGUGGGACAAUAAAAUCAUUUCAAGUUACGGAGGAAAAUUAUUCCAAGGCGCUCGCUCGACUCGAAGAGAGAUACGAUAAAAAGGGUUUAAUAUUUAUGGAAUAUAUCUCGUCGCUCUUUGAUCUUCCUAAAAUGAAAGGGGUUUCGGCAUCUCAGCUUAGAAGUUUGGUUGAUGAUACUUCUGCUUUAUUUGACUCACUCAAAUCCUUAGCUACUCAUGAAGAGAUUUGCACUGGAAUUAUAAUUCAUUUAGUAAUGUCGAAGGUAGAUACCCAGACAUACAACAAAUGGAAUGAAUCUCUGGAUCAUUCCAAAUUGCCAGCAUGGGAUCAAUGUACAAAAACUUUAAUUAAUCGUUGCCAGUUUUUGGAAAGCAAAGAAUCAAAAACUCCCAAUGCUUUGGAAGUCUCUAGCUUUCCUAAAUCACAGAUUAAAAAGUCUUCGCAUGUUUCUUUGUCAUUGACAAAAUCAAUUUGCCUUUAUUGUAAAUCUUCAAAUCAUAUGAUUAUAGAUUGCAACAAAUUUAAAAAACUACGUGUCUACGACCGCUAUAAGAAGGCAAAGACUCUAUCACUUUGUAUCAACUGUCUAAGCAAAGGCCAUGGAGUUAAGGAGUGUUCUGCCAGUAAAUGUAAUGUUUGUUCGGAUCCUCAUCACAUACUUCUGCAUAGGUACGGAGAAACUGAUGCAUCCUCAGGACCUGAUGCAGUUGCUGGACGGACUCGGACUUCUUUACUUAAUUCAACAUUCGAUGAUGCAGAUUCUCAAAUAGUUUUGGCUACUGUUGUUGUUAGGGUUCGCAAUAGUAAAGGGGAAUUCGUAUUAGCUAGAGCUUUAUUAGAUUCAGGAUCCCAGAUUAACUUGAUGACCCAAUCACUAGCAAACAGUCUUCAGCUGAAGUUAAUUCUUUGUCCAGUCAACAUAAGCGGUGUUAGUGCUAUAGGAACUAAGAUUGAUUCUCAUACUAUAACGACUUUACAAUCUAGAUUUGGAGGGUAUGAGAAGAAGGUUGAGUUUUGGAUUGCUCGUUCCAUAACAGACUUCCAACCCCAAAGGCAAUUAAUGAUAGAAACUUGGAAUAUACCCAAAAAUAUUGAAUUAGCCGACCCAUGGUUCUACAAACCUCAAAGGGUUGAUAUGCUGCUAGGAGCUGAAUUAUUUUUUGAUCUCAUGGAAUCAGGACAAGUUGCGUUAGGCCCAAAUUUACCGGUUCUGCAAAAUACAGCUGUAGGUUGGAUAGUGUCGGGCAGCUGUUAUGGACAAGGGAAACGGAGCUGCUUCUUGGUGCAGCUUGUCAAAAUGGUGGAAAGGUUUUGGACAUUGGAAGAAGUACCUUUCAAAUCUGUUCUCACUCCGGAACAAGAACGUUGUGAAGCUCAUUUUAUAGAAAAUUUCAAAGUUUUAGAAACGGGACGAAUUCGUGUGAAAUUACCAUUUAAGGACAGUCCAUACCAAUUAGGUGAUUCUUUGGAUAUAGCCAAGAAAAGGUUUUACUCUUUAGAAAGAAGAUUGGACAAAACUCCUGAGAUAAAAGCGCAGUAUUCGCAGUUCAUGCAAGAAUAUUUAAAACUUGGACACAUGUCCCGUGUGAGGCACAUCGCAUUGAGUACACCCCAUUAUUUUAUGCCGCAUCAAUGUGUUAUUCGCCCUGAAAGUUCGUCCACCAAAUUAAGAGUAGUCUUCGAUGCAUCGUGCAAAACCAAGUCCAAUUUGUCCCUCAACAAUUUGCUUAUGGUAGGAUCCACUCAACAGGAUGAAUUGUUUUCAAUCAUUUUACGUUUUCGAAGUCAUGAGUUUGCACUAACAGCUGACAUACAAAAAAUGUAUCGUCAAAUUGAAGUUGAUCCUGAUGAUCGUCGUUAUCAACUUAUUCUUUGGAGAUUUAACUCCAAUGAAAGACUUCAAACCUAUUGCUUAAAUACAGUUACAUAUGAAACUGCAUCUGCCCCAUUUUUAGCAACGCGUGCUCUAAAUGAAAUUGGUAUUCGAAAUCAAGCCCAAUAUCCUCUUGCAAGUAAAAUUAUUCAAAAUGAUUUCUACGUGGAUGAUCUCAUCACUGGGGCCAAUACUAUUCAAGAACUUCGAAAAAUUCAAGAAGAUGUAACCAAGCUGCUAAGUGAAUCCGGUUUUGAGUUGCAUAAGUGGCACUCAAAUGUAAUAUUAAAACCAGAAGUAAAAGAUACCAAAUUGGAACUGAAAAUUGACGAAAUGGAACAAACCAAAACCCUUGGAAUCGAAUGGAAUCCUAAGGACGAUGUCUUUAAUUUCUUUUCCAAAGACACUUUUUCGAGCAAUCAUUCGACCAAGCGCACUGUUCUUUCUGAUGCAAGUAGAAUUUUUGAUCCUCUCGGACUUCUAGGACCAAUUGUUGUAAAGGCAAAACUAUUUCUACAGAGGCUGUGGGCUUCAAAGCUUAAGUGGGAUGAUGAGUUGCCUGACGAAUUAAGAAGCUGUUGGAUCGAGUACCUCGAAGACCUAAAAAAUCUCAAUAUUCUUAAGAUUCCUCGUUUCAUUUUUCAAUCAGAAAUGAAAGCUCUACAAAUACAUGGUUUUUCUGAUGCUUCUAUGAAAGCAUAUGGUUGUUGCCUGUACGCCCGUUGUGUGGAUGAGUUUGGUAACGUAUCUGUGAGGCUGAUAACUGGUAAGUCGAGAGUUGCUCCUACAAGAAUACAAUCCAUACCGCGCUUAGAGCUUUGUGGUGCUCAACUGUUGGCAAAAUUGUUUAAAAAGGUUGAAGAGGCAAUAAAAGUAGAAUGUAGCCAAGUUUUCUUUUGGGUGGAUUCCGAAAUUGUUCUUUAUUGGAUUUCGUCUUCAAGUAGUCUGUACGGAACGUUCGUAGCUAAUAGAGUAAGUGACGUGCAGUCUCUAACCUCAAAUGUUUGCUGGAGACAUGUUAGAUCAGAAAACAACCCUGCUGAUCUUAUAUCGCGAGGAAGUCUUGUCCAAGACUUGAAUUCAUCAAUUUGGUUUGAUGGCCCUGAAUUUUUAAAACAUCCCCCAAACCAAUGGCCAGAAAAUCCAAAGGUCGAUCAAUUGAAUCUUGACUCUUCAAUAUUAGAAACAAAAAAGAUCAAAACGGUGUUAGCCUGUUUCCAAGUCGAUACGGAAUUUUUGGAACGCCUGGGAAAAUACAGUGACAUAACAGUGACAUAA